CCCACAGCAGAAACCAGCUAUCGGCCCGCUAUCAGCCUUUUGUCCACAUUCUACGAGCAGCAGCCCGCGGUUUAUAAGUUGUCGAUCGUCGCCGGGCCCAGACUUUUGCUAUUUGACCAAGUGAAUAAGCAGAGAAGAGAAGCAGACCCGAACAGAAACACUCGUCCAUCACCGUCGUCUUCACCACAAUGUACUCCCUCCGCACCGCCCAUCACCAUGUCGCAAAGGCGGCCCCUCUCCUCCACAAGGCCUACUUCAUGGACUGGGUCUUCGUCUUCCUCCUCCUCGGCGGCUUCAUCAUCCUCACAAACAUGAACCCCUUCUUCAACCUCUUCACCCUCGACGAUCCCUCCAUCCAGCAUCCCUAUGCCACCACCGAGCGCGUGCCCUCCAUCGUCGGCGUCAUCUACACCACCGUCGUCUCCGUCGGCAUCCUCGUCGUCUUCACCCCCUUCCUCCACCGCAAGAACCCCGCCUGGGCCCACGUCCUCAACGUCUCCUUGCUCUCGCUCGCCCUCUCCGUCAUCCUCACCGAGUUCAUCACCGAGAUGCUCAAAAACAUGAUCGGCCGUCUCCGUCCGGACUUCAUCGCCCGCUGCAUGCCCGCCCCCGGCACGCCCCUCCACGGCCUCGUCGGCAUCGAGGUCUGCACAAACCCAAACCUCCAGGUCCUCUACGACGGCUUCCGAUCCACCCCCUCCGGCCACUCCUCCAACGGCUGGGCCGGCUUUGGCUGGCUCGCCGCCUGGGUCGCCGGCCAGCUCAAGGUCUUCCACCCCGGCACCGAGCUCUUCCGCGCCUUCCUCGCCCUCCUGCCUCUUUUUGGCGCUGCGCUUAUUGGAAUCUCCCGCAUCGAGGACUUCCGUCACCACGUCACCGACAUCAUCUUCGGUGCCGUCAUCGGCGCUCUCGUCGCCUGGUUCUCCUACCGCAAGUACUUCCCUCACCUCGGCACCGCGAACUGCAACAUGCCGUUCCCGCCCCCUGCCUUCAACGACUCGGGCAUCGAGACCGUCGUCGAGACCGACUACUAUGACUCCCUCGACGAGAUGGAGGCGGCCAAGCGCGGUUACUCUGAUUAGGCGCUGCAUGUGAUUUGUAAGAUUAAUCUGAGCAAAACAUUGUCAUGCAAUCAAGUUGCGAUGUUUUGAUGAACGACCCAAAUGAUUUCUUUUUUUCUUUAUCACAUUAGAUUUGUCUGUUGUUGCUUUACGAUUUCUCCAUUCUAUGUCUGGUGUCACUUGCUUUUUGCAUUUGUCUUUUUUUCCCUUUACGAAAUGACUUGAUUCGAUCCGCUUCGGUGCGAUAAUGGUGCUUGUUUUUUUUUCUUUAUUUCUGUGUUUGUUGGUCGACGGGGGCGCUAUUUUUCAGUUCCUAUCAGUUUUUACGAGUGGUUUUUUCUCACGAUUUCCCGGUUACUUUUUCGUAUACACAAUUGCUUUCUUUGGAAUCGGUUUUUUCUCUUUUACGUCUAGCUUUUUUUCAUGCAUUUGGUGAUCUUGCUUGCUUAGAAAUACAUAUCAAUAUUUAAUAUGAUUACA